AGAAAUUCGGCUUUGUCAUAGCGUGUCUUGCGAGUUUAUUCAGACAAAAUAUUUAAUGAAAUUUUCUAUUAGACAAUUAAAUCGAUCAGGCAGUACAUUGGGAUCAAUUCAGAGAUAAUAAUAUCAAAAACUUUUGAUUUAAAUAUAAGAUUUCAUAAGAUUUUCAAUGAAUUAGCAUAUCAAUAUUUUUGUACAAAUAAUAAAUGUUGUAAACUUUUUUGAUUAUAGAAAUAAAAUCUUACAAUAUUAUUAGUAGAUAGGCUUGUUACAGUAGUUAAAAUCCUCUGAAGUUCUUAUGUGAGAUUAUCUACAAAUUCACAAUCAGAAUUUUUUUUCAGUUCUUUUUACAUGCAUCUAUAGGAAGCAACAGAAGAACACAAUUAUAAAAUACGUUCGCCACAUUUCAGUAUGUUCUAAACUUUCAGGAUAUUAGCAUGUUCUCUCGCUACUAUUGUUUUAUCCUCUUUUUGUUUCUUCUACUAGAAACAAUCAAAAUUUAUGAACAUAAUAAAAAUAAACAAACAAUACUGACAUAAGAGAUUUAUUGGUAUAAGUUUAAAAAAAACAUACAAAACUCUAUAGAACAAGAUAAAUAUUUUAUAUAUGGAGGUGAAUUGCCCAUUAGUACAUAAAAAAGUAUCCAGUAAGUAUCUUGACAAAGGACAGAUUGAAAUAUCUCCAGUAUGAUUCGACCUAAAGGACUCAUUUUUUUCUACCAAGGAUAGAGACAUGUUAACACUCCAAAUUCAUACGGAUAAGGUUAGUGAGAAUCUUUGCUAAGUAUCACUAAUGAUCUUAAUAAGAAAAUUUCACUUUUUUUUUACAGAUAGGAAAAUAAAACAAUAUACUUACCAUAGAUUCUCACUUAUCGCCUUCGUAUGAAUUUAAUUUGUUAACAUGUAUCUAUCAUUGGUAAACAAAUAAACCAGUUUGGUCGAGGCCUAAUGGAAAUAUUCAACGUUUUCUUUCUGAAUUUACUUAGUAGGCACUCUAUAUAUCAUUCAUAUUUCCCAUUUUAAUAGCAUUCAGAACCUUCUAUUAAUAUUAUAUUAAUCAUAAAAAUAAAAUUGUGCAUAUAAAAACCAUGAAGAAUGUUUGAGUUAAUCAUCCUAUUUCUCUUUAGAUUUUAUUCUUGUAAAUUAUGUCGAGAUUUAUGUACCAGAAAUGAUCGAAAUUCGAUUAUUUAAAUUUAGCUUUGUAUGGAAAUUAUCAUUUUGAAUAAGUUUCUUUUACUAUGAAUAUAUCUAAAUAUGAUAACUUUUUCAAGUCAUACUUAAUGAUCUAAUAUUUUUAUGGGAUAAAAUUUUAUAGAAAAAUGUCAAGCGAUUCAAGAGUGAACUUCAGAACAUAACAAAGUCUUGCAUCAGUUGAGACUUUAUUUAUUUGUUCUUAUUUAAAAUAAUUCUUUAUAGAUUUCCUGAUGUUCUUGAACAAAAUCUCUUUUUUUUUCAGAGAUUUGCAAAGAUACUUUAUAUUAUUUUAAAUUCGAAUCUCAUCUACUUACACAGUUAAAAAUAAGGUUUAUGAUUUUAAUGUUAUUUUUACUCAUUCAUUUCGCUAAUGACUAAGAAAACUCAUUAGUAUUUUUGAAAAAGUCAAGAAUUAUUGAAAAAACCUUUCAUAAUAAAUUCCUUAGUUACGAUUGUCAUAUAUUAUAUUUAAAACUAAGUUUGAAAAAAUAGUUUUCGUAUGUUUUUAUUGGAUCACGUUGCUAACAUAAAUUUUUCCCUGAUACUUCUAAAUCAAAACAAAUCGAAGAUUGUUUUUGUUCAAUAUAUUGCUAGUAAGUGGAAAUAUAAUACUGUCUUCUAGGAAACUAUUUUAUCUAAUGAACAGAUACAUUCUAAUAUUUUCGUGAAGUCAAAUCUAUAACAAGUUUGAUUAUCAUAUCAUGGAAUAAUGGAAACAAUUUCACUCUAGACAACUGAUAAUUAGAAAUAACAAAUUUCAUGCUAUAAUAAAUAAUUCAGCUUAUUUCAUAGAAUUAUCAAAAAAUUGUAGACUCCUGAGCAAGUACUCUAUCCAAGGGAAGAGAAGGAGUAAGAUUUCAAUACUGCGUACUAUUAGAAGAAAAAAAAGAAAGCUUUAGUGCAAUCCAUUGUGGGAUUAAAAAUGUGAAACACGAUGUACAUGCUAUAGCCAAUGUUCUAAACGCUGUUGUUUUUUAUACAUACUGAUGUACAUUUCUUCAUAAUGAUGUACCUUACAUUAUAGACUUUCAACAGGAUGAUACUCCAUAUAUACUUCAAUCAUAUCUUAGCUAUGCAUAAUCUCUGAUAUUUCAUUGAAGUCUUCUAUCACACUCUAUAAUGACUCCUAAGUCCUGUCUGUCACAGUUUGUAAAAAGUGGAGGAUGGGUCCAAAUUUCUACCCGUAAAAACUUCAACACUUCUUUCAGAUCGUGUUUCACAAUACGAGAUAAUUGUAAAUAUAUAUAAAUGCACUUGUAUUCAGAUGAUUUUUUUUAAACAGACUAUUUGCUUUUAGUUAUAUAAAUGAUAAGUUAAACUUCUUUGUACUUUCAGAUACAACAAUCAAAGAUACGAAUGAUACAACUAGUAAGCUUCAUUUUUUCUUCUGAUCAUAAAGAAAUUCUUUUUUUCUUAAUAGAUUUGAUUGUAACAUCAACGAGUUCGUUUUAUUUUGUUUUAUUAUUUAUUUCAGUUGUUAUGUACUCUUUAGAUGAACCAAUAUCAUCAUACUUUGUACCAAAACCUUGUCUGAAUACAACAAACAUUGAUGUCAAUUCUAAUAUUUCCAAUACUUUAUGUGAUAUAUUCAAACCUUGUCAAAAUAAUGGAAUAUGUACAAAUAUUCAAGCAAAUAUUCCUAGUUAUUUUUGUUCAUGUCAACUUGGUUUCAGUGGUAUUCAUUGUGAAUUUGAUUAUCGACCUUGUAAACAAAAUACUUGUCUUUAUCAUGAUAUAUGUAAUGAAGAUUGGCAAGGAAUUAAUUGUGAAUCAAUGAUAAAUUUUUGUAAUAAUAUUAUAUGUUGGAAUAAUGGUGUUUGUCGACCAUUAUUAUUAAAUUAUACAUGUGAAUGUCUUGGUGAUAGUUAUUCAGGUCGGCUUUGUGAAAUAACUUCACUAAGAAUUAAGAUUUAUAAAAUUGUUUCAAAAUCAUUUUCUUAUGUUGCAAUAAUUGCGAUGUCAUGCGUUGUUAUGUUUGUUAUCAUAGUGGAUAUAUUAAAAUAUUGUUUUGGUAUUGAUCCAACACGUGAAGAUUUAGAAAGAUAUCGACGAGAAAAACGAACAAAACAACGAAAACCUGUAAUUCAACAAGAUACUUAUGUAAAUACUUCAUCAUAUGAAUAA